AUGUCACCAUUUCUUCGAAUUGGUUUGUCCAACUUUGACUGCGGGUCCUGCCAGCCUUGUCAAGGAGAGGCCAUUAACCCUUACUGCGCUGUGCUUGUCAAGGAAUAUGUUGAAUCAGAGAAUGGGCAGAUGUACAUCCAGAAAAAGCCAACCAUGUACCCGCCCUGGGACAGCACUUUUGAUGCCCAUAUCAACAAGGGAAGAGUAAUGCAGAUCAUUGUGAAAGGCAAAAAUGUGGACCUAAUAUCUGAAACUACUGUUGAGCUCUACUCUCUGGCUGAAAGAUGCAGGAAGAACAACGGGAGGACAGAAAUAUGGUUAGAGCUGAAACCUCAAGGCCGAAUGCUAAUGAAUGCAAGAUACUUCUUGGAAAUGAGUGACACAAAGGACAUGAGUGAAUUCGAGACUGAAGGCUUCUUUGCUUUGCAUCACCGUCGAGGAGCCAUCAAACAGGCCAAAGUCCAUCAUGUCAAGUGCCAUGAGUUCACCGCCACCUUUUUCCCACAACCCACGUUUUGCUCCGUCUGCCAUGAGUUUGUCUGGGGUCUGAACAAACAGGGCUAUCAGUGUCGACAAUGUAAUGCAGCAAUUCACAAGAAGUGUAUCGAUAAAGUUAUAGCCAAGUGCACAGGAUCAGCUAUCAAUAGCCGAGAAACCAUGUUCCAUAAGGAGAGGUUCAAAAUUGACAUGCCGCAUAGAUUUAAAGUUUACAAUUACAAAAGCCCAACGUUCUGUGAGCACUGUGGAACGCUGCUAUGGGGCCUGGCCAGGCAAGGGCUGAAGUGUGAUGCAUGUGGCAUGAACGUGCAUCACCGAUGCCAGACAAAGGUGGCCAACCUCUGUGGCAUAAACCAGAAGCUAAUGGCCGAAGCACUGGCAAUGAUUGAGAGCACCCAACAGGCUCGCUGCUUAAGAGAUACUGAACACAUCUACAGAGAAGGUCCAGUUGAAAUCGGUCCCCCAAGCUCCAUAAAAGAUGAAGCAAGGCUGCCCCAUGUACUGGCAUCAGGGAAACGAGAGCCUCAGGGAAUCUCCUGGGAGUCUCCCUUGGAUGAGAUGGAGAAAAUGAGCCAUCAUCCAGAACCUGAGCCGAACGUAGAAAGACCAUCUCUACAUAUGAAGUUAAAAAUCGAGGAUUUUGUCCUGCACAAAAUGUUGGGGAAAGGAAGUUUUGGCAAGGUCUUUCUAGCAGAGUUCAAGAACACCAAUCAAUUUUUUGCAAUCAAAGCCCUAAAGAAAGACGUGGUUUUGAUGGACGAUGAUGUUGAGUGUACAAUGGUAGAGAAGAGAGUUCUCUCCUUGGCCUGGGAGCAUCCAUUCCUAACGCACAUGUUCUGUACGUUCCAGACGAAGGAAAACCUCUUUUUCGUGAUGGAAUUUCUCAAUGGAGGAGACUUGAUGUACCACAUCCAGAGCUGCCACAAGUUUGACCUUUGCAGAGCAACGUUUUAUGCUGCUGAAAUCAUUCUUGGUCUGCAGUUCCUCCAUUCCAAAGGCAUUGUCUACAGGGACCUGAAGCUAGAUAAUAUCCUGCUAGACAAAGAUGGGCAUAUCAAGAUAGCGGACUUUGGAAUGUGCAAGGAGAACAUGCUAGGAGAUGCCAAGACAAACACUUUCUGCGGGACCCCCGACUACAUCGCCCCAGAGAUCUUGCUGGGUCAGAAAUACAACCAUUCUGUUGACUGGUGGUCCUUUGGUGUCCUCCUCUAUGAAAUGCUGAUUGGUCAGUCACCUUUCCACGGGCAAGAUGAAGAAGAGCUCUUCCACUCCAUCCGCAUGGACAACCCCUUUUACCCCCGAUGGCUGGAGAAGGAGGCUAAGGACCUUCUAGUGAAGCUUUUUGUGAGGGAACCUGAACAGAGGCUGGGAGUGAGGGGAGACAUCCGCCAGCACCCUUUGUUUCGGGAGAUCAAUUGGGAAGAGCUCGAAAGAAAGGAGAUUGACCCACCAUUCAGGCCUAAAGUGAAAUCACCAUAUGACUGCAGCAAUUUCGACAAGGAAUUCUUAAAUGAGAAACCCAGGCUGUCAUUUGCCGACAGAGCACUGAUCAACAGUAUGGACCAGAACAUGUUCAGAAACUUUUCUUUCAUUAACCCAGGGAUGGAGAUGCUAAUAUCCUGA